AUGGACCAAUACGGAAUACCACAGCAAAUGCCGGAAGAGCAGGUGUUUGAGUGUGACCCCAUCCGAUGGUCGUGGGGUUUGUACCCAUCCAACCGAAUCGACGCGGCGCGGAUGGUGGUCCCACUCGGCUGCGUCUACGCCCCCAUCGAGACUCCAUGCAUCGAACUCUCAUCUGAGCCGCUGCGUUGCGUAUGUGGUGGAAUCGUCAACCCCUACUGCAGCAUUGACUUCCGCUCAAAGAUGUGGGGAUGCCCUCUUUGCGGCAAGGAAAAUAGCUUCCCGCCACAUUACGCCUAUAUGGCGGGCAAUGAUUUGCCGCAAGAGCUGUUGAGAGGCAACGAGACAGUAGAAUACGUGAGUUUUGCGGACCGUAACCCGCCCACCUUCGCCUUUGUCGUGGAUACGUGUGUAGACACAGAACUGGAGCUUUUUGGAUUAAGGGAGUUUGUGGGGUGUGCAUUUAACAAGAUCCCUGAGGGAGCAUUCGUGUGCCUCAUCACUUACGGGGCGACUGUGCAAAUUCACGAGUUGAGCGGUGUUACAGAUUAUCCACGUUCGUUGGUGUUUCGGGGAUCACAGGAGGCGACUGUAGAAACUCUCAAAGGUGUGAUAACUGAUGCGCAGAGGUUCUACGGCACCCGUGCCAGCCUGCAGCAGACGAUGGACUCCAUUUUCCAAGAGUUACAGCAGGACUUGUGGCCCGUACGAAAAGCACAUCGUCCGCUCCGCUGCACCGGCGCCGCCCUCUCCGUAGCAUCUGCCUUUCUUGAAAUGGUGUCACCCAACACCGGCUCUUGCAUUCUCGCCUUCAUUUCCGGCAUAUGCACGGAAGGGCCUGGCAUAGCCGUAGAAACAACGCGGGAGAAAUUUAUUCGUCAGCAUGCUGAUAUACGUGACGGCACCGCUGCCGCCGCCUUCUGGGAUAGUUCGUGUGCUUUCUACGACAAGUUAAUGCAGCGUAUUGUGAAAAACGGGCACUCGCUAAGUUGUUUCACUGCAUCGCUCGACCAGACGGGUGUGGCGGAGAUGAAGUUGUGUAUCCAGGCUUCGGGAGGCGUUAUUCUGAACGACGAGUCAUGGAGGAAGGAAACACUCCGCCAGUCCCUCGAUCGUUUCUUUGAGCGUAGGGAAGACGGUUCGUUGAAAAUGGCUCUCAACGUUACGAUGGACAUUAUAACUUCCCCUUCGUGGAAAGUUAUGGGCGUUAUUGGACAGUGCGUCGGUACGGGUAAGAAGUCGUCCUCGGUGGCUGACUCAGAAAUUGGGAUGGGGGGCACUUGUCAGUGGACCGCCUGCAUGAUGGAUUCCACAACGAAUUUUGCGAUUUACUUUGACACAAUGACGGUACCUGAAGCACAAAAACAGCCGUUCCGAUAUGUUCAGUUCGUUACCAAGUAUGAAAUUGGUCGCGAGACGCGUGUCCGUGUUUGCACGCGAAAGCAUGUGGUGCAGCAAGUGACAAGUAUGCCGGAGCUGGCAGCGUCAUUUGAUCAGGAGACGGCCGCUGUCUUAUUAGCCCGUGAGGCGUUGCACCGGGCAGAUACAGCCCCGUUGUUUGAUGUCCUUCGGUGGCUUGACAGGACAAUUGUGCGCCUUGUGAACCGAUUCGGUACCUACAUCAAGGAUCAGCCUUCCUCGUUGAGUCUUCCACAAGAGUUUGUGUUCUUUCCUGCGUUUAUGUUUCAUCUCCGCCGGUCCGGAUAUCUGCACGUUUUCAACUCGAGUCCUGAUGAAACCACCAUACUGCGUCUUAUGCUGCUAAAGUCAUCCGUGCAAGAUUCAAUCAUCCAAAUUCAACCGACUUUGUACAGCUACCGUAUGGAUGCCCCACCUCAGCCCGUUUCACUGGAUAGUGCUGCGAUUCAACCGGAUAACAUACUUCUUCUUGAUACCUUCUUUGAAGUUCUUGUCCACUUGGGCUCCACAAUUGCCGCGUGGAAGAAAGCAGGGUAUGCUGAGCAGGAAGAAUAUGCGAACUUCAAAGAGUUCCUGCAGUAUCCUGUUGAUGACGCAGCGAGGCUUGUAGGAGGUAGGUAUCCGACACCGCGAUUUAUUUACGUGUGCCAAGAUGAUCCUGAUGCACGUAUUCUUCGCAAUAGAAUUAAUCCGAGCCGUUCUUACGGUAGCGACGGGGGCCGGGGUUACGGCGGUAGUGAGGAGGAAUUGGUGUACACGGAUGAUGCAUCUCUAAGUGUGUUUAUUGAUCACCUAAAGAGGCUCGCAGUUUCCCAGUAG